UAUGUAGCUGAAGUCAGUUCAUCAAUACUACAUAAAAGCCAAAAAUCAAUCUAAGGAUUAGAAAGUUACAAAAUUUAAAGAAUAAAAUUAAGCCACUGCUUCCUAAAUUUCCUUGAUUUUGAGUAAAAUGAAUGGCAAAAUUAUUCAAGAUUCAAAGGCUACAUCUGAUAGGACUAAAAAUAAUAUAUAAAUAUCUCCUAAAUUACAAAAUUGUUUAUCAGCAUCUAAUUUAAUGAGUAAAACAUCAUAAUCCCCAAAAUUAAGUGAAUGUGCAUUAAUUGAUAAAAAAUUUGCUAAAGAAUGUCCAAGUAGAAUCAAUAAUGAGAAAGAAGUCUAAUUACCAAUUGAAAUUAAUAGUUUUUUAGAAAUGGAAGAAAGAAAGAGAACUUUGAAUAAUUUUAAAGAAUAACUUUAAUAAAACAUAAUGAAAAUUUAGCAUUUAGAUCAACUUUAAACUUAAAUGAAAUUGAUUGAAUAAUAGCUACAUUCUAUUGUUUAGACAAUCAUUUAAUUAAAAGUAACCAUUUAUCUUGAUCCUAGGAUUCUUUAUGUAUUCAAUUAUAAUAAGAAUAAUUGACAUAUACAUAAAUUACUUAAUCUAUUUCAGAUUCAUUGUAUAAGAUGAAGGAUGAUAUAAUACAUAAUGAAAUUAAUAUUAUUGAAUCAAUGUAAAUGAAACCAUUUUAAAAUAUAAUGACUAUUUAUAAAAAGAGAUUGGAUGAACAUUAAAGUUGUGUUUAAUAAAUGAUAGCUAAAAGAUAAUUUGUUAUUCAAUUUAAUUAAUGGUGUUAAUAAUUGAUGUUAAAACUAUAAGUUGAUACAAAAACAAAUUUUGAUUCAGAUGAGAAAGAGAAUUGUUUUUAUGGAAGUAAUAAAAUAGCAGAAUCUCCUAAAUUUCGCAGCAAUUGA